AUGCUCAUUAAAGAGUACCGUAUUCUGUUGCCGAUGACGGUACAGGAGUAUCGCAUCGCCCAGUUGUAUAUGAUACAGAAGAAGAGCCGACUGGAUUCACAUGGCAAAGACUCGGGAGUUGAGAUAAUCAGCAAUAAACCAUAUACGGAUGGUCCUGGCGGAAGUGGACAGUAUACUUUCAAGAUCUAUCAUAUUGGAAGUCGUAUUCCUGCAUGGAUUCGGACAGUGCUGCCAACAAAUGCAUUGGAAGCUCACGAGGAAGCAUGGAAUGCGUAUCCGGUGACGAGAACACGAUACUCCACUCCAAUGAUGGAUCGAUUCAGUCUGGAAGUGGACACUCUUUACUUCGAUGAUCAUGGUGAACAGGAGAAUGUAUUCGGUCUGAGUGAUAAAGACAAAGCCACUCGAAUCAUCGAUUACAUGGAUUUCGUGAAAGAUCCCAUCUCAUCCCAUGACUACUGUGCUGAAGAGGAUCCCAAGAUCUAUCAUUCCGAGAAGACUGGUCGUGGACCAUUGAAUGACGAUUGGGUGACAGAUCAUCGGAAGAAAGGAUUGUCCGUUAUGUGUGCGUAUAAAUUAUGUAAAGUCGAGUUUCGAUACUGGGGUAUGCAAACGAGAGCCGAGAGAUGGAUUCAUGAUUUGGCACUGAGAAACACGAUGAUGAGAGCACAUCGACAGGCGUGGGCGUGGCAAGAUGAAUGGACUGGUCUCACGAUGAAUGAUAUCCGGAAGUUGGAAGCGGAAGCUGCUUUGCAUUUGAGUAAAGUGAUGGCUGUGAAGGAGAAUGAGGAUGGAAAAAACGAGGAGAACGAAUCAGAUGACGACGAUGGUGAUGCUGUAUCAGAUGAUCUUUAUUUUGAUUGCUGUGACACUUCACCGAUUCCCACACAGAAACCAUCAAUAAUCAGAUGGAGUAGUGAAUUGGAAUUAGAGAUUGGCCAGGAUGAUAAUUCUCCUCCUCUAACUCCCCAUAAUGGUUCAACAGACACUGCACUACUCAUUAUGGUUUUUCAUGGAGAUUUUUCUCCCGAUAAUCCAGCUGAUUCCAAAACUACAGACACCAAUACUUUUGGAUCAACCAUUGAAACAUGUGUCCAACGUCAUUAUCCCCAACUCAGGAAUCGAUUGCACAUUGUGAAUGUUUCCUGUGGAUGCGAGAUGACUCAAGUUGUCAGUAAGCUUACCAAUGUUUCUUCAAGUUUUGGAUUACUACAUCCAUCGUUAUCAUUGAUGCUUCCAUCAGCCAAUCAUCUGUAUAAUGAAGCUGUAGAAGGGACGAUCAGAAGAGCAAAUGAGACAUAUAAUGAGUUCAUUGCAUCUCAGCCAUUGUUCAAUGGAGAGGUUUUUGUGGUUGGGGACUGUGUUGGAGGAAUCUUUUUAUAUGAAGCCAUGACCAGGAAGUGUGACUCUAUGGCUUUUUUGAAGCGAUUAUCGUCGAAUGUGUCUUCAAGAAUCAUUAAGGAAGAUCAAUCUCCUCACCAAUCCAUGACCGAUAUAACAGUAACCGACACUUCAUCAAUAUCUUCUUGCCCUCAAUCCCACAAUCAAUCAGUUCGAGAUCACUCGUCUCUUCAAAACGGACAUUCUUCUCGUCGAUCAGCUCGUAAUUAUUCGGCACCUCCAUCGGCGUCGUACGUGCGUAAGAAGAUCUCUUUGGUGUCGGUUGAUUCUGUCAGUUUCGGAGCAUCGAGACUCAACUUCCAGCCAAGCACUAUAUUCCUACUUGGAUGUCCAUUAGGAUUGACUUUGAUGCAAAGAAAAUUAGAAGGAUCAGAAAUCGAUAGUUUGGAUUCAUGCCAACUUUUCAAUUUAUACUAUCCACUGGAUCCAUGUGGUGCUCGGAUAGAGCCGGUUCUGGAUUCUCAAUUGGCUUGUGUUCCACCUUAUAAUGUUCCAAAGUUAGUAGAUAUUAGUUUUGAAUCCGGAAGAUAUCAAAGAUAUCCACUUGGUGAUGGAAAAUCGCAAAAGUUUGAACCCUCAAUCGAUACAUCGCAAAUGUGGGGAAGUAAAAGAAUCGACAAUCUUCUCUACUGCCCGAACUCAAUGGUUGCUCUUCCAUCUUCGGCUCUUCCCAAUAUUCUUCAUGCAUCUUAUUGGGAAUCAUGCGACGUGGCUUCUUUCCUUCUUCGACAAUUCGUUCGAGGAGAGGAGUGUGUGAUGCCCACACUUUCUUCGAGUAUGAAUAACAUUCCAUUGAAUAUUGAUCUACCUACAAUGCACUGGAAACGAAGGAGGACUCGGUUUAAGAUCGCAAAUCUAUCUGCUAAUCAUCGAGCUAACGAUAUUCUUGUCACAGCUGGAAUGGAUCUUACUGUCACUGCUAAGUUCUGUUAUGGUCCAAUGGAUUUAGUAGCGUUAUCCAGAGAAGCUGUAUCAGUAUUCGUGUGUCCACAGAGAGGAGAUUGGUAUCUCCACGGUGUGUUCGAUACCGAUUCUCAUGGAAGACUCACAAUCCAACUAGCGAAAACUCUUCCAUGUGGAAUCCACUCUGUCAAAAUCGUUGUUCAUGGAGAUAGAUCCUACCUAGACGCAUUCGUUGCCAUAGUUCCACAUGGAACCAAAUGCGCCGUAUUCUCAGUUGAUGGUUCUCUAACUGCUUCUGUCUCAGUCACUGGAAAAGAUCCCCGUGUCCGACCUGGUGCAGUGGAUGUAGUUAGAUACUGGCAGGAACAAGGAUAUCUGAUCAUUUAUCUGACUGCUCGACCUGAUAUGCAACAACGUGUUGUCUCGGCAUGGCUAGCUCAACACAACUUCCCCCAUGCUCUUCUUUUUUUCAACAAUUCCUUCUCAACAGAACCAUUGAAACAAAAGUCCCUUCAUCUCCGUCAUAUCGUCGAUAUGGGUGUUCAUAUUCACGUGGCAUACGGUAGCAGUAAAGAUGUAUCUGUUUACACUUCAGCUGGUGUGGACCCAGAACACGUCAUCUCUGUAGCUGGAUCUAGAAGGCGUAAUGUGUUCAGAUUGGUAGAAAGUUAUUCAUCUCAUUUAUCUGCUUUAAACUCAGGACAAUGUGCACUAGGUCAACGGAUUGAAGACGAUGGGCUGACGCUUUCCUUACACAGAAACGUUCAACGGACGCCUUCAUUUACUCCACGUGGCGGGAAGUUUGAAAACGAAAAAGACCGUCGGUAG